AUGGCGAAGCUAUCCUCAACACCGACUUCAUCUCAAGGAAAACAAACAGCCAUCUCGAGUUUCUUCUCGCGAAAAGCCCCUAACGCGUCCCAACCGGCACAGACCCAAAGCUCGCCACCACCGGAAAAAGACGGCAACCUAUACGACGCCGAUUCUGGGGAGGAUGGCGAGCCUGUUGUGGCGCAUAGAAGGACUUCGUCCAAGAGGCCUCUGGCAGACGUGUCGAACGAAACCAAUCAGAGCGUAGAGCCGCUGGCGAAGAAGAAGAAGGGCGACGAGGAAGAAGGAAGCAGUGCUUUCUUUGCGGCCCCUAAAUCUGCAAAUUCCAAAGCUACCACAGCAUCUACGAAGGCGAUCAUCUCUCCGCGGACCGUGAAAUUCGUGUACACAGGCUCAAGUCAAAUUGUCAGCAGCGAACCCACAAUUCCCGAAGUUGAGGAGGACGUAGUGGACGAGGCUGAGAAAGCGAGAAAGGUGGAAUUGCACAAGCAGUGGGUGAAGAAGAUUGGAGGGUUGAAGAUUAGUCGGCAAAAUGAGGAACCUUCGGUAGUCACCGAGGGCGACGAAGAUGAUGGCGAGGAAGAGGAAGAAGCACCACCUCCCAAGACCAAGAAAAAAGGAGCCAAGACAGGGAAAUUGACUCCUUUGGAACUACAAUUCUUGGAAAUCAAGCGGAAACAGAUGGACACCGUGCUGAUUGUGGAAGUGGGCUACAAGUUCAAAUUUUUUGGGGAAGAUGCAAGGACUGCAGCAAAGGUGCUGAGUAUCGUGUGCAUACCAGGAAAAUUCAGAUAUGAUGAGCACCCUUCCGAAGCCCACUUGGACCGAUUCGCAUCUGCUAGUAUACCCGUCCAUAGAUUGUCAGUACACGCGAAGAGAUUGGUCGGCGCGGGUCUGAAGGUUGGAGUUGUCAGACAGAUCGAGACAGCAGCACUAAAGAAGGCUGGAGAUAACAGGAAUGCACCCUUCACUCGGAAGCUGACAAAUGUCUAUACGAAAGGCACAUAUGUAGACGAUAUCGAUGGUCUGGACCAGGAAACAGAAGGAGCCGCUCCUGCUACUGGGUACUUGUUGUGCAUCACAGAGUCCAAAGCCAAAGGAUGGGGUACAGAUGAGAAAGUGGAUGUGGGAAUUCUAGCUGUACAGCCAGCGACGGGUGAUAUUAUCUACGACACAUUCGAGGACGGCUUCAUGCGAAGUGAGCUAGAGACGAGACUGUUGCACAUCGCGCCCUGCGAAUUCUUGCUUGUUGGAGAGUUGACCAAGGCCACGGACAAGCUAAUAAAGCACUUAUCGGGGAGCAGCACCAACCAAUCUGGCGAUACAAUUCGUGUGGAGCGGGUCAAGCAGGGCAAGACCAUGGUUGCUGAAUCCCACUCGCAUGUCACACAGUUCUACGCAGAUAAACUUAAGGCUCAAGAGAAUGAAAGCGAAAAAGACCGCGAGCAAAGCCUUCUUGAUAAGGUGCUCAAGCUUCCUGAGCAAGUCACUCUCUGUCUCUCGGCCAUGAUCAUCCACAUGACCGAAUAUGGCCUUGAACACGUUUUCGACCUCACGAAGUACUUCCAGUCUUUCAGCACUCGGUCUCACAUGCUCCUGAAUGGUAACACCUUGACGAGUUUGGAGGUAUACCAAAACCAGACGGACUAUUCCGAGAAAGGGAGCCUGUUUUGGACUCUCGAUAAGACGAAGACUCGCUUCGGACGAAGACUCCUUAGAAAAUGGGUUGGUCAUCCAUUGCUUGACCAGACUCAACUCGAAGACCGAGUCUCGGCAGUAGAAGAGCUGAAAGACGGCCACCAGACCCCAAAGGUCGACAAAUUACAAGCUCUGCUUCGGAAUAUCAAAAUCGAUCUCGAGCGCAGCUUGAUUAGGAUAUACUACGGCAAGUGUACAAGACCUGAGCUCCUCACGGCACUCCAAACUCUGCAGCGGAUAUCAAACGAGUACUCCUACGUCCGUGGCCCUGCUGAUGCCCCUUUCAAAUCGGCCUUGAUCAAUAAUGCCAUCGCCUCCUUACCAGCUAUCGGAGAAACAGUGAUUGCCUUCCUGGAUAUGAUCAGUGCAGAGGCAGCUCGCAAGGACGACAAAUACGCUUUCUUCCACGAAGACCACGAGACGGAAGACAUCACAGACCAUAAACUCGGCAUCGCAGCCGUGGAGCAAGAACUCGAUGCCCACCGUGAAGUCGCGACCGAUACCCUUCACCAACGCAAAAAGAUAAUAUACAGUACCGUAGCAGGUAUCGAGUACCUCAUCGAAGUGCCCAACCAAGACCUCAAGCGCGUACCAGCAUCGUGGACGAAAGUCUCGGGUACUAAGAAGGCGUCGCGCUUCCACACCCCAGAUGUAAUCCGCAUGCUGCGAGAAAGGGACCAACACAAAGAAUCCCUCUCCGCCGCCUGCGAAACCGCAUUCCACACCCUCCUCUCCUCGAUAUCAGCGCACUACGGCCCCCUCCGAGACGCCAUCUCAGGCCUCAGCACCCUCGACUGUCUCCUGUCCCUCGCCACCGUCGCCGCCUUCCCGGGCUACACAAAACCCACAUUCGUCUCCUCACCGGACACCCGGAUUUCCAUCCAAGGAGGCCGCCACCCCAUGGUCGAGCAGCUGCUCCCCUCAACCUACAUCCCCAACUCGACCACUCUCUCCAACGCCCCCUCCCCGUCCACAGACCCCCGCGCCAUCCUGAUCACAGGGCCCAACAUGGGCGGCAAAUCCUCCUACGUCCGCCAGGUCGCCCUCAUCUGCCUUCUCGCCCAACUCGGCUCCUUCGUGCCCGCAGACUCCGCCACCCUCUCCCUGCUCGACGGCAUCUACACCCGCAUGGGCGCCUACGACUCGCUCUUCACCAACCAGUCCACCUUCCAGGUCGAGCUGUCAGAGACCUCCAGCAUCCUGAAAUCGGCCACGCCCAAGUCGCUGGUGAUCCUCGACGAGCUCGGCCGCGGGACGAGUACCCACGACGGCGUGGCCAUAGCCGGUGCGGUGCUGGAUCAUGUGGUCAGGGAGACGAGGUGUCUGUGUUUGUUUAUUACGCAUUAUCAGAGCUUGGCGAGUGUGGCGAGAAGUUUCGAUGGGGAGUUGAGGAAUGUGCACAUGAAGUUUAGUGCUGCGAAGAAAGGGAGUGGGGUAGAAAUUGGCGAGGGGGGAGGAGACGGCGAGGAGGAAAUUACUUUUCUGUAUGAGGUGGGUGCAGGGGUGGCGCAUAGGAGUUAUGGGUUGAAUGUGGCCCGCUUAGCAAACGUCCCAAAGGCCGUGUUGGACAUGGCUGCGACAAAGUCUCAUGAAUUGGAGAUGGAAGUGAAACAAAAGAAGUUGAGGAGCGUUUCGAAAAUGAUAGUUGAUGUAAUGUCUGCUUCUAAAGCUCAAGUUGACCUAGAGCAACUUGUAAUGUCUAUGGAGGAGCUAUGA